GCUAGCUACUGGUAUCUGUAACCUUUAGGUGUGUGCUUCCAUGCUUGCUAUGUGACUUGCUUUUCUGCACUGUCUCUCAACUAUAAAUAUAAAAUCCGAGUCGGCGAUAACAUUUUUCAUCAUUUUCUUUUCCUCGUUACUUUGAUUUCUCUGCAUCGUUUCUGCAUUCUCUAGAUUUUACCGUUCUGCAGUUCUAUCGUAUGGCGUCGUGCUCCUGAGUUCUGCUGGUUUUCGUGAAGAGGCGUGAGUAGUUGCGAGUUUUUUCCUCUGAAAUUUUUCUAUUGGCGAUGGCGGAGGAGAAGGAUGAGGAGGGAGUUGCUGCCGCUAACAAGAUAACGAUUGGAGUCUGCGUGAUGGAAAAGAAGGUGAAAUGUGGCUCCGAGGUUUUCUCGGCUCCUAUGGAGCAGAUUCUUCAGAGGUUACAAGCAUUUGGUGAAUUUGAGAUCAUACAUUUCGGGGACAAGGUCAUCCUUGAAGAACCAAUAGAGAGCUGGCCAGUAUGUGACUGUUUGAUUGCUUUUCAUUCCUCUGGAUAUCCCCUCGAAAAGGCUGAAGCAUAUGCUGCUUUAAGAAAACCUUUUCUAGUCAAUGAACUGGAGCCACAACACCUUCUUCAUGAUCGAAGAAAAGUAUAUGAGCGUCUUGAAAUGUUUGGAAUCUCUGUUCCGAGAUAUGCCCUUGUAAAUAGGGAGGUACCAAACCAACAGCUGGAUUACUUCAUUGAGGAAGAAGAUUUUGUUGAGGUUCAUGGUAUGCGUUUCUGGAAGCCAUUUGUGGAGAAGCCUAUUGAUGGUGAUAACCAUAGUAUAAUGAUAUACUAUCCCAAUUCAGCUGGUGGAGGAAUGAAGGAAUUAUUUAGGAAGGUUGGCAACAGGUCUAGUGAGUUUCAUCCAGAGGUGAGAAGAGUGAGGCGUGAAGGCUCCUAUAUUUAUGAGGAGUUCAUGCCAACUGGAGGGACAGACGUUAAGGUGUAUACAGUAGGGCCUGAAUAUGCUCAUGCUGAGGCUAGGAAGUCCCCGGUGGUUGAUGGUGUUGUUAUGAGAAAUCCUGAUGGGAAGGAAGUUAGGUAUCCAGUGUUACUUACUCCUGCUGAGAAACAAAUGGCAAGAGAGGUUUGCAUUGCAUUCAGGCAAGCGGUUUGUGGGUUUGAUCUCUUGAGAUGUGAGGGACGCUCCUAUGUUUGUGAUGUCAAUGGAUGGAGCUUUGUUAAAAACUCACACAAGUAUUAUGAUGAUACUGCCUGUGUGCUGCGCAAGAUGUUCUUAGAUGCAAAAGCGCCUCAUCUUUCUUCAGCUAUUCCACCAACUUUACCAUGGAAAGUAAAUGAACUGGUCCAACCUUCUGAGGGACUUACUCGUCAGGGUAGUGGUAUUAUUGGCACUUUUGGACAAUCUGAGGAACUACGUUGUGUAAUUGCUGUCAUUCGUCAUGGUGAUAGAACUCCCAAACAGAAGGUGAAGCUAAAAGUUACUGAGGAAAAGCUGCUGAACCUAAUGUUGAAAUAUAAUGGAGGCAGACCUAGAGCUGAGACAAAACUUAAAAGUGCUGUUCAACUGCAAGAUCUGUUAGAUGCCACACGCAUGCUAGUUCCUCGUACUAGACCAGAUCGAGAAAGUGAUAGUGAGGCUGAAGUUGAGCACGCUGAAAAGCUCCGCCAAGUUAAAGCUGUUCUUGAGGAGGGAGGACAUUUCUCUGGCAUAUAUAGAAAGGUUCAACUAAAGCCACUAAAGUGGGUCAAGGUGGCCAAAAGCAAUGCAGAAGGUGAAGAAGAACGACCUGUUGAAGCUUUGAUGGUUCUUAAAUAUGGUGGUGUUCUUACACAUGCUGGCAGAAAGCAGGCUGAAGAGCUAGGAAGAUAUUUCCGUAAUAAUAUGUAUCCAGGAGAAGGUACAGGACUGCUUCGCCUUCAUAGUACAUACCGUCAUGAUCUUAAGAUUUACAGCUCUGAUGAGGGUCGUGUGCAGAUGUCUGCAGCUGCAUUUGCCAAAGGUCUUCUUGACCUUGAAGGACAGCUAACACCAAUCCUGGUUUCCCUUGUUAGCAAAGACUCCUCCAUGUUGGAUGGGCUGGACAAUGCCAGUAUUGAAAUGGAAGAAGCCAAGGCUCGGCUGAAUGAAAUCAUUACGUCUAGUUCAAAGACAGUUCAUAACGAUGAGUCACCUGAAUUUUCUUGGAUGAUUGAUGGAGCUGGAUUGCCACCCAAUUCAUCAGAAUUGCUUCCCAAGUUGGUUAGCUUGACUAAGAAGGUUACUGAACAAGUAAGACAACUUGCCAUAGAUGAAGAUGAAAAACUUACAGAAACAAGCUUAUACGAUGUCAUUCCUCCUUAUGACCAAGCAAAAGCACUAGGGAAGACAAAUAUUGAUGUUGAUCGAAUAGCUGCUGGAUUACCUUGUGGCAGUGAAGGGUUUCUAUUAAUGUAUGCCCGGUGGAAAAAGCUUGAAAGAGACUUGUAUAAUGAACGCAAGGCGCGCUUCGACAUUACCCAAAUUCCUGAUGUCUAUGAUUCAUGCAAAUAUGAUCUCUUGCACAAUGCACAUCUUAAUCUAGAUGGACUGGAUGAGCUUUUUAAAGUUGCUCAGUCACUUGCUGAUGGUGUAAUUCCGAAUGAAUAUGGAAUUAAUCCAGAGCAGAAGCUGAAGAUUGGCUCAAAGAUUGCGCGUCGAUUAUUGGGCAAAAUUUUAAUUGAUCUGAGGAAUACUCGUGAGGAAGCCAUUAGUGUUGCUGAGUUAAAAACUAACCAGGACCAUGAUUCAUCAUCCGAGAAAACUGAAAAGGAUGAUACAGAGGCCAAGUCAAAACUUCUAAAUAAGAAUGAUGAAAUAAGAAAAUCCAACACUUCGAACGAUAUAUCAAUGGAUCAAGAUGAUGACGAUGAUAAAGAGACCAAAUAUCGUUUGGAUCCAAAGUAUGCAAAUGUAAAGACGCCGGAACGCCAUGUGCGGACACGCCUGUACUUUACAUCAGAAUCACAUAUCCAUUCUCUCAUGAAUGUUCUUCGUUAUUGUAAUUUGGACGAAUCUCUUCAAGAAGAAGAGAGCCUCGUUUGCCAUAAUGCUUUAGAGCGCCUAUAUAGAACCAAGGAGCUUGACUAUAUGAGCUACAUUGUGCUGAGGAUGUUUGAAAAUACAGAGGUGGCUUUAGAAGAUCCAAAAAGGUUCCGCAUAGAGCUGACUUUUAGCCGCGGUGCUGAUUUAUCCCCCUUGGAGAAGAAUGAUAGUGAGGCUACUUCAUUGCAUCAGGAGCACACACUGCCAAUUAUGGGCCCUGAAAGGCUGCAAGAAAUAGGAUCAUAUCUCACAUUGGAAAAAAUGGAGACGAUGAUUCGUCCAUUUGCCAUGCCUGCAGAAGACUUCCCUCCACCAGCACCACCUGCGGGGUUCUCUGGCUAUUUCUCAAAAAGCAGCAUGCUUGAGCGCCUAGUAAAUCUUUGGCCGUUCCAUAAGCAUGCCAAUUGUAAUGGGAAAUAGUGAACUUGUUAAAUACUUUUCCUCCCUAUGCUUUAAUGUUUCCUGCUUCAUGUUUCUUAAUGUACAUGAGAAAAUUCUGAAACAAACAAGGCUAGCUUGGGGCUCCUUUGGAAAUUUUUUUGGAACUAACUACUUCCCACCAGAGUUUUGGUAGUAGUAGGAAGUCGCCAGACUUUCUUCUCGGCUCUUGUUUGUCUAGGUGCA